AUGGUGGAGCUGCUGCGACGUCUGGUUAUAGUUAGCGAGGAAAUGGGACUAAAGAUCAACCAGUCCAAAACAAACAUCAUGAUCGUGGAUAAAUACGGCACCCUUAACGAGAAUAAUAUUCUUGGCCAAUACGACAUCGUCAAGACUUUCGUGUACCUCGGCUCGAUUAUUUCCAAUAGAGGUGGAUCGGAAACCGAAAUAAGGCGACGCAUCGGAAUGGCCAAAUCCGCUAUGAGCCAGCUAAACAAAAUAUGGAGAGAUCGAAAAAUACUCAAGAAGACGAAAGUGCAAAUUGUUGAGACGCUCGUUUUCUUAACCUUUUUGUAUGGGGCGAGACCUGGAUCUUGA